AAAUAAUUCCCUCCCUUGUGAACGUCAACUCUCUAUCUCGUCUUUCACCAACAAUUCACCGUUCACAUAUUGGAGUCAUCGGGACGGUAGAAACGUGUUAAAUGCCUUCAUUUUGACCACCGAUUGACUGCCUGCUCUAGGUAUGGUGGUCCCCCAUCCGAUCAACCCCCAAUUUGCCACCUGAGCGAUCGAAGCUGGUUCCAUCACCAUAUCAAGAACCCCCCGACGAGAUCCAUCAUGGUGAAAGUCUACACGUCCACUUACGCCUACGACCACGCCUUCCCCCUCGUCUCCCUGGCCUACUUCCUCCGCUACCCCAAUCCCUACAGCACCCACGUGCAAUCCACCGAUGUCAUAUCCCGCCAGUUCGACCCACAAACCCGUCAACUCACCACCACCCGCCUCCACCUCAAGCGCUCCAAGCUCCCUUCCGCCGUCCUCCGCCUCAUCCCCCGCUCCCUCCUCGGCGCCACCGCCGCCGGCGACAGCCAGAGCUACAUCCUCGAGACCAGCGUCGUCGAUGUGAACGCAGGAUGGAUGAAGACUGAGAGCCGGAACCUGGAGUGGACGGGCGUCCUGAGCGUGGUGGAACGGCAGGAUUAUUACCGGCAGGGGGAGCUGCGCCCAGCGUCGCCGGCAUCGUCGACAUCGUUCGCGCAAACUUCCUCGGACCUAUUGCCCUCGGCGCUCCUACAAGGAAAGACGGAUGUCGUGGCCUCCGUAACCCUGCGAUCUCCGUUCGGCGAGAACGUUAAGAAGCGAAGAGCGGCGGCGGCCGCUGCAAAAGCUGCCGGAGAUCAAACGGAAUCGGAACCGAAAGUCGGGUUUUUCCGAUCCUGGUCGCAAGGCUCGAUUCAGCGGUCCAUCGAGCUGAUCGGGCUGAACAAAGCGCGAAAGAGCCAACCGAACGCGAAAGAAGGGAUGAAAGUGGUUCUGGAACGACUGAGAGAAGGGGGGAUCGUCGGGGUGCUUGAAGGCAUGCGCCGGGAUCGAGAGACGGCGUUUGCGACGGGCCUGCAUGUCCCAGGGAACCACGGUCACGAUGAUGAUGAUGGGUGAGGAAAAGUCAUGCAUGGGAUCCUUUCCGAUAUUUCAGCGCUGGUGUUGGGUCUGGGAUUGUUCUACUCCGACAUUGUAACAAAAUCCAUGUAAUCAUAAGGUCGUCCAAAGGGACGAAGACCCGUCGUUCGGUGCAAUUGUACACGAUUUGUGGUUGGUCACUCGAACCUUAGCUACACCAAUUGACCUGUAACAUUUUGGGUAUCUUUCCAUUGAACUCAAUAGCCCAAUGCUCAUCCA